UUGACAUAUACUGUGCGUUUACGUUUACAAAAAAUACAAAGUUAAUUAUUAGUUUAGUUUUAUUCUAAUUGUACUUGAAAGGUAUUCAUUUCAAUUUACAUAUAGAUAAGAUAAUGCUGGCAUGGUUGGCACGUCUUCUUUAAUAUGAUCUUUUACCAAAUAAUAUUUAAAAGUUAUUGUAAUUCUUUUCGACUGUAAAAAUUAAAACAUGAAGGAACACCAGGGUGAUUUAUGUUCUAGAUAUAUAAAAAUAUUCAUCGUUGUGUCAUGUUAUUGGGUUGUAUCCAUUGCCACAGUAUUUGUUAACAAGACACUGUUAAGUAGUGACUCAGUAUCACUGGAUGCCCCUCUGUUUAUAACAUGGUUUCAAUGUGUGGUAUCCUUCACUAUAUGUUUCAUAUUAAGUAGAACUGGAGGAGUGCCUGGUGUAUUCAAUUUUCCAAAAGGUUCACCAUGGAAUAUGGAUGUGGUAAAAAAGGUGAUACCAUUAUCAAUAAUGUUCACAUUAAUGAUAGCAACAAACAAUAUGUGCUUGAAGUAUGUUGGUGUAGCUUUUUACUACAUUGGACGGUCUCUAACCACCGUCUUUAAUGUACUGCUGAGCUGGCUCCUGUUGCGGCAGACCACAUCUCUAAGAUGUGUGAUGUGUUGUGCCUUCAUCAUAUUUGGAUUCUACUUAGGUGUAGACCAAGAGAAUCUGUUAGGAUCGUUUUCCCUACUCGGUACCAUAUAUGGAGUUAUCGGGUCUUUCAUGCUAUCACUCUACUCGAUAUUUACUAAGAAAGUGUUGCCGAGCGUCAACCAGGAGGUCUGGCUGUUGUCAUACUACAAUAAUGCAUACUCGAUUAUAUUGUUCCUGCCGCUGAUCGUGAUCAAUGGAGAGGUGGGAGUUCUACUAAAGUAUGCAAACUUCGAUAGCACCUUCUUUUGGGUGCAAAUGGUUAUUGGUGGAGUUUGCGGCUUCGCUAUUGGAUAUGUGACGUCAUUGCAAAUAAAGGUGACAUCGCCUCUAACGCACAAUAUAUCGGGAACGGCCAAAGCCUGCGCGCAAACAGUAUUGGCAACUCAGUGGUACAACGAGACUAAGAACUAUCUCUGGUGGUCGUCUAACCUUAUUGUGUUAGGAAGUAGUGCGAUGUACGCUAGGUUCAAACAAAUUGAAAUGGAAGAAAAUUCUAGAAAACCUGUGCCCGAAGAGAAAAAAAGUCUUGUAUGACAGUAAAUUAAUUUUUUAUUGCAUUUAUUUUAGAUAUAAAAUGUG